AACCUACAAGUUUGCAAAUACCAUACAAUAUGGCAAAUACCCGCUAUGGGACUUUUAUUUUCACACUCACUAUACUAAUUCCGGUCUGUAAACCGGAAGUGACGCGCUUUUGUUGUGCUCCUCGUCAUCGCGUCGCAGAUGUAGACUGUGUUGGCGGGUGUGUAUGAACUUUAAAGUAUUAGAAUAGUUCAUCAUGUUCGCAAAGAAACCUUUCUGCGUUAUUAAAUAGGACAAGUGGGAUAUUCUGUUGAUAUGGCAGUUAUAAUGAAGGACUGAACAUGGCAAUGUGAGAUGGAUCAGUCCCGGAAACGGAGAUCAAAUAACAGGAACCCCGGGCUUUCUGAGUGUAAAGUGUCGAGAUCUAGAGAGCCAGGGGAAGAUACAGACUCUACAGCAUCACACAAACACUUCAGUGCCAUCAGAUCCUCCAGCCCUCAGCCUGAAAGCUCCUGUCGAGAACAGCAUGCUGCAUGUCUCCAGAAGCCUGAAGAUGACGCUGAGAAGACCUUGAUCAUCACAUGCAAUGAGGAACAGAGUGGAAGCCGGACGCCGGGCAGAAGGAAGGGUUUGAGAAGGAAGAGAGACGCGGUCAGUGAAGAAGAAGCUAAGCAGAAGGAAACUGAAGAUGAAAUCCAGCCAGAGUUGGAGAUUGACCGAGAGCUGGACAGAGAACUGGAAACUAAAUCUCGACAACAUAACCUGACCUCUGCGAACGUUCGUAGCAUCAUUCACGAAGUGAUUACCAAUGAGCAUGUUGUGGCUAUGAUGAAAGCUGCAAUCAGUGAAACUGAACCCAUUCUUGUGUUCGAACCCAAGAUGACCCGCUCUAAGCUGAAGGAGGUUGUAGAGAAAGGAUUUGUCAUUCCCUCUUGGAACAUUUCACCCAUUAAGACACCCACAGAGGUGAAGAGGGGUCAACAGUUUGUGGAUAUUCCUUUAGAAGAGGAAGACUCCUCUGACGAAGAGUAUCGGCCUGAUGAGGAAGAGGAGGAUGAGACAGCUGAGGAGACUCUUCUGGAAAGUGACUUUGAGAACUCCUCAUCUUCUCCACGGGGCAGUCGAGUGAACCUCCACGGAUUAAACUCUGAACGUGAGGAGGACGCAGCCAGCAGCUCCAGACUGAGCUUUUGCAGAUCCAGGCACCUGACAGUGGCUGUCACCCCAAUGGGACCCCCACCAGCUCCAGCGGCCCCCUCCAGGGCCCCACCAGAGUGCAGCUUCUUAGAGAAACUCCAUGCGGUGGAAGAGGAGCUGGCCAUCGGCCCGGAGUCAUAUCAGAGUCUCAGUAGUGCUAAUGGAGAGGAGAGUCUGAUUUCAUUUCGCACACGAUCCAAGCGCCCACUGAGAGACGUCCCUCUGGGGCGCCUGGAGGCGGAGCUACAUGCUCCUGACAUCACUCCAGACAUGUAUGAGUUAGGCUCCGCCCCUGAGGACAGAGAAUGGUCGCAGUGGCUGCAGGGCCUCAUGACUUCAGAUAUGGAGAAUGAAGAGGAGGGUGAUGAUGAAGAUGACCCGGAGUACAAUUUUCUGGCUGAAAUUGAUGAGCCUGAUGUGGAGGACUAUAGGAACGACAAGGCAGUGCGCAUCACCAAAAAGGAAGUCAGUGACUUGAUGGAGGAACUAUUUGACACACUUCAGGAUGAAUUAGGGAGUCAGGAAGCAGAAGGACAUGAGGAAGAAGAGGAAAAAGAGGAAGAGGAGAGUCCCCUGCAGGAGCCGGCUGGCAUUAUGGAGAAUAUUCAGUACCAGGAUCCAUUAGCAGAUGUCUUGGAGCAGCGAUACCGUACGGUGCGGGAGCAGCUGGCGGCUGUGAGGAAACGGAAGGCUCUUCUGGAGAGUAAAGGAGUGUCUGUAGCUCCCCCCUGUCCUCAACACCCCUCCAGUCCCAUAACAUCCUUGAUCCUGAGCACGGCUCAGAAACUACAGCUCCAGCAGCAGAUCCAGCAGCACGUGCAGCUCCUCACGCAGAUGAACAUGUUGUGCAGUUCAGUUAAAGGUCUGGAGACAGAGGCUUCAACAAGCAGACAGUUCUUGUUGGAGCUGCAGAUGUUUGCCCAGCGUGGAGAAAAAUCCUGCGAUCCAGUAGAGCAUGGCUUCACCAGCAUCUUCAAAGCCUGCAACCUUCAGGGUGCCAUUUCUCUUCUGGAGGAGCUAGAUCAGUCACCCAAAGCGGACCCUGCAAUUUCAAGUCCACGUUUCCCUGGAUGUCAGUUUCCUGCUCCUUUGGCCUGGCUCAUGGCGACGCGACCGGUGUUUCUCUACCCAGAGCUACUUCCUACAGUCCAGCUGCGUCCUUCUAGAUUCAAAGGACAGUUUACUCCAGCAGAAGAUUGUCUUGUUGUUCUAGGUCAUAAGCACUUAAGAAGUACCUUACACCCGCUGCAGAUGACUUGUCGCUAUCUGCUUGCUGCUAGGAGCUUUAUAAGUUUAAAAUCACACAUCCGUGAUGCAUGUCAUAAGCCCUUUCCCAAUGUCAUCAAGACCUACUUUGUGACGGGAAAAUGCCCUCCAAUGCCCUUGGCCUGUAAGAGGGUCGGUCCUUUGGACCAGCGCCCCCCGGUGGAGAGAGAAAAGAGCCUCAUGCCUGAUUGGCUUUCGAAAAACCUGAAGCGCAUUUAUGAGCUUGUAAUAAUGUUUAACCGAGGAUCUGGAAGCCUCCAGACUAGCAGCUCGACAGAAGAAGCCAGCGAGUCUGCAGGUCUAGGAGCACACUACAGCUUCUCUCCAGGCAUGCGUUACCCUCCCAGCCUUCCUGAGGACCUUGCUCAGACCCUUGAAUCUUCAUCUAUGAGCUCCUGCAAAAACAAAAAAGACAAGACUGUUAAAUCCACCAAGCCUUUAAAACCUCCCCCGUCAGCCGAGGAAAUAGAAGUGGUUCUCAGCCAGCUACCAACCCUUUUACCAAAAACUAGCACUGUUCCAACUCCGUCACAUUCAGAAACUUUUCAUCUCGUACCAGUUCGGAGGCCAGAACCGAAUUCAUGCAUGUUUGGGAACGGAGCUACGAAUGGUCCUCUAAAGAGAGCGAUCAUAGUAUGUAACGUUUCAAACGUGCCUCCGAUGGGACGAAACCCAGGUGGAGAUGUUGUCACUUUAGCGCCUGCUCCAGUUGCACCUGAACUGAGCUCUUCAAGGACUGUUCCUGUGAAAAAUGCUGUGGAAACACCAAUGGGUGUUUCUGGUUCUCCACCGAGAGCUCAAGUUUGUGCAUCCCAGGGGGACGUGAUCAUCACGUUACCUGCUGCUUUGGCACCAGAGCUGAAUCCCUGUUCUUCAGGGCAUAUAACUGUGAAUCAAACUGCACAAAUAGUCACCUCUAAUGCUCUAAUUACUCUUCAACCACCUACGGUUCCCGACAGCUUAAAUUGUCCCACCACCAUCAUAAAACCAUCCACAGCCAACGCCGCAUCAGCUAAAGAGAGUCAGCGCUGUGGCACUCUGCUUAAAGUAUCAAGGGAUUCUGCUGGUCCAGCUCAAAUACAUCAAACACCUCUAAAUCGCUUUCUUCUCCUUCCUCCAGGAUAUGUGUUUGCAAGCAGCAGCCUUGGCCGUCAGAUAGCUGGACAAGAUCAAACCUUGAAAGGUUCAUCAGCUCUGAAGAGCACAGAGAUGAAACUCAAGAAGCCACAGAGAACUCCAGACAUUCUCCACAGCACUGAUGGGCCACAAGGAGGUCCAGCACAGAUGACAUCCGUUCAUGAGGCUGCUUUUGAGUGCUUAGAUGAAACCGCUGCAGCAGAGGAAGAGCUGAAUAGUGAUGAUGGAGGAUCGAUUGAGAAUGAGGUGGAAGAGUGGGGUGAGAAGGACCCCAGAGAGCUGUUUCUCACACUUUCUGAAUCCUCCGGGAGCCCGACGCCCAGCAUUGAGGGGGAAGACACUGACAUGGAGAUGGAUUUGGGCAGGAGAGAGAAACUAGAGGAGCAGAAAUCAAAAGAAAGGCAAGGCAGCAAUAGGCUGAAAGGGGAGGAGAAGGAAACGGCUGGAGAUGUUUCAGACGUCCUGUCUGUGCCAGAACUACAGAAAACCAUUGAGAAAUUCUCACAUCUGACCACAAAGAUGAGAUGUGAAAGAGAAGGAAGUUCAGAUGAUGGAGAGUCAGACUAUCAAGCUGCAGGAUCUGUGGAGAUUCCUUUGGUCCUUUCUGAUGACGAUCCUUACAGAGACGCUAAAGAUAUCGCCUUUGCCCAGGCUUACCUGGAGAAGGUCUAUGAGGUGCUGCAGACGAUGCCUGGGAAAGUGCAUGAGUUCUUGAGCGUUCUCUCCGAGUUUGAGAAAGACCCAGAAAGUCGCACCUCACUGGAGCUGCUGAAGAGACUCAAGCCUGUGCUGAGCGACUGGCCUGAGCUGCUUCGAGAUUUUGCUGCCUUCCUGCAUCCGGAUCAAGCCAGAGAGUGUGGCCUGCUGGCGGAGCAGCAGGCGUUCGAGCGCAGCAGACGGUUUCUACGCCAGCUGGAGUGUACUUUUGGAGAGCAGUCGGAUCUCUACAGAAAAGUGGUGCACAUUCUACAAGGAGGUCUUUCACAGGAUCUUUCUGACUUCAGAGAGACAAAAGCUCAAAUUACAUUGCUGUUCCGUGAACACACCGAUCUGCUGGAGGAAUUCUGGGAAUUUUUUAAGCAGCUAUACCCACAAGUGCAAGAUGAGGAUUGUGCAGACAAUGUGGAAACCAGUGAGGGCUUGGAAGAAAGCCAUGCAUGUCAACCAAUCAGAACGGUCUUACCAGAUCAAACAGUGGAGCCUGUCAAAACAGCCAAUAAACACGAAAGAAAAAGAGACGAACAGAUGGCAGAAACAAAAAAGAAGGCGGCAGACAAAAACAGUGUGGCAGCAGAGUCAAAACAGGAGGCAGCUGAAUCGUCUUCAGUGGACAGACAGCUGUCUUCAUUUAAUGCCACAGGAAGCUCAGUCUGUGCCAAGAAUAUCUCUCGCACACCAAAUGGGAAAAAAGUAGUCCUCUGGACCAGGGAGGCAGACCGUGUAAUACUGACCACCUGUCAGCAGAGAGGAGCCAAGCCGGACACGUUUCAUGCCAUUGCAGCCCAGCUUGGCAACAAAACAGCCAACGAGGUUUUGGAGCGCUUUCAAGACCUCAUUAAGCUGUUCCACAAAUCCAGCAUUUCACAUCCCACAAGCCCAUCGGACCCAGAGAUCCAGUCCAGCGCGAUAGAAGAUGAACCAGACUGACUUUAAAAAUCUGUUGAACAAUAAGACUAGAAUGAUGUGUGCAGGCCGGACCUGCCGCCUGACUUCAAUUCACUUCAAAUCCAUUUUCCUGAGGAACUUGAACAAAAGAAACACCAUUUAAGAAAUUUGGGUAAAAAUAUAUAUUUAUGAUACUUGAGUUUAAAGGCAUACACAGUCUUCAGACAGUAUUAAAACGUGUAAUUAUUGGUUUUUCUACAGGAUGUGAUUUAAAAAAAAAAAAAUUCUGCUUAAAUCAA